AUGUCAGAAUCUAAGAUUCCACUUUUCAAAAUGAAGGACCUGAUACUGAUCCUGUGCUUCCUACACAUGAGUGUCGCAGUGCCGGUGUUUCCUCAGCAAUCUGGGAUCCCAGGCAUGGCUAGUUUGAGCCUUGAGACAAUGAGACAGUUGGGAAGUCUGCAGGGAUUGAACACACUUUCUCAGUUUUCUAGAUUUGGCUUUGGGAAAUCAUUUAAUUCGUUGUGGAUGAAUGGUCUCCUCCCGCAGCAUUCCUCUUUCCCAUGGAUGAGACCAAGGGAACAUGAAACUCAACAAUAUGAAUAUUCUUUGCCUGUGCAUCCCCCACCUCUCCCAUCACAGCCAUCCCUGCAACCUCAGCAGGCAGGACUAAAACCUUUCCUCCAGCCCACUGCUGCCAACGCUAUCCAGGCCACAGAGCAGAAGGGAGGGCCUCAGCCUCCAGCCCACCUGGGACAGCUGCCCUUGCAGGAAGGAGAACUGCCUGCGAUUCAGCAGCCAGCGGCACCUUCAGACAAGCCACCAAAGCCCGAGGUACUUCCUUGCUCUCAAGUCAGAUCAGCAUCACUCUCUAACCUAAUAAAAAAAAAAAACAAUUUUCAGGGUGUUUCUUCUGCCCGGCUGCCCCCUGCCCCGCCCCUCCAGAAGAGUCUCUACCCCCCUUUCACGGAGUGGUCUUCACCUGCCCAGAGGGGAGGGAGAGGAGGCCCCAUGGCCUACGGAGCCAUGUUCCCAGGAUUCGGAGCCAUGAGGCCCAGCUUUGGGGGACUGCCCCACAAUCCAGGCAUGGGAGGGGACUUCACUCUGGAAUUUGACUCCCCACUGGCUGCAGCAACCAAAGGCCCUGAGAAGGGUGAGGGGGGUGCACAAGACUCCCCCAUCCUGGAAGCCAACCCAGCCAACCCGGAAAACCCAGCUCUCCUUCCAGAGCUGGCACCUGACGCCCACACAGGGCUCCUGGCUUUCCCUGAGGACAUUGACCCCAGCCUGGCAAGGGGCCCCGCAGGGCAGAGGAUGGGACCUCCCAGUGUCACCCCAGCAGCCGCUGACCCACUGAUGACGCCUGAAUUAGCCGAUGUUUACGAGACCUACGGUGCUGACAUGACCACACCCCUGGAAGCAGUCACAGACACCACGAUGACCCCAGACCCUCUGGAAACAUCCGUGCCGGGGGACAAGGCCCAGCAGCCCCAGAUUGUGCACGAUGCGUGGCAUUUCCAAGAGCCCUGA